GGCCGCCCGGGCGGGAGGAGGUUCCCCCUCCCCAGAGAGGGAAUGCGGCACUCUCCCGCCGGAGACAGCCCCGAGCCCCCACCCGGGGCCGUGUCCGGGGCGGAGUCUGGACUACCCUGCUGAGUUUUUGGAGUUGAGGUAAUGGCUGAAGCUGGUUAGUGGGAGACAGCUGGAGGUUCAGAGCAUGGUCUGGGGGUUGCACGGUGCCUAUGAUCAGACGCACAGCCUCUGCCUUCGCUGGGACCACCGGAAUGGGGAACAGCGGCUCAGCCGUGAAGGUCUGCACAGAUCACCAAGGAGGCAUCAACUGGCUGAGCUUGAGCCCCGACGGGCAGCGCCUGCUGACGGGUAGCGAGGAUGGCACUGCACGGCUCUGGAGCACUGCCGACAGCCAGUGCCACGGCCACUUCCAAGGGCAUGAAAGUUACAUCACCUUUUGCCACUUAGAAAAUGAGGCUGCCUUCACAUGUAGCGCAGAUCAUACCAUUCGAAAGUGGGAUGUGAUGACAGGUCAGUGCCUGGCCAUUUACCGAGGACACACAUCAAUUGUUAACAGGAUCCUGGUUGCCAAAGAUUAUCUCUUCAGUGGCUCCUAUGAUAGGACAGCCCGUUGUUGGAGUGUGGACAAGGAGAAACAAAUCCAGGAAUUCCGAGGCCAUCGGAACUGUGUCCUGACUCUAGCUCACUAUUCCUCCAGGGAUGUUCUUGACGAGGAAGAGGAGGAAGAGGAGGAGGAGGAGGAGAAAGUGAGCAGAGACCUCCUGGUGACAGGUAGCACAGACUGCACUGUUAAGGUCUGGUGGGUGUCCAGUGGACGUUGUUACCAGACUCUGCUGGGACACACUGGGGCUGUCUUGUGCCUUAUACUUGACGCACCAAACAGGGAGCUGUUUUCUGGCAGCACGGAUUAUACCAUCCGAACGUGGAACAUUGUCACUGGGGAGCAGCUGAAAGUGUUCAAAGAGCAUCAAGGAUCAGUAAUUUGCCUUGAGCUAGUGAAUCGGCACUUGUAUUCAGGAAGCACGGACAGGACAGUGAAGUGCUGGUUAGUAGACACUGGGGAGCGAAUCCAAACGUACAAGGCUCACAAACACAGCGUUAGCACUUUGAAAUACCACGCUGGGAUCUUGUUCACGGGAAGCGGUGAUGCGUGUGCGAGAGCUUUCAAUUCCAAGAGUGGUGUCCUGCAGAAGAUCUUCCGAGGACACAAGUUCAUCAUCAACUGCAUCCAGAUCCACAACGAGUUGCUCUACACGGCUUCCCAUGACGGCACGCUCCGGAUUUGGGACAUCCGGGGAAUAUGCAAGAGAAGCAAGCGGCGCUGGAAGAAGGAGAGGUGUGCUCAGGGCAGGGGCUCGCAGAAGGGGAGUCUGUCUCGCCUCUUCAACAAUAAAGUCGGCUGUAUGGUACAGCAAGAAAAUGAGGAACACGAGGCUGUGGAACUAAUGUGACUGCCCACAAGAGGCUUGCUCUCAGUGACUAAAACGGAACCUUUUGUUUUCUGCAUCGCUGUGUCCAUGUAAACCAGAACCUGGAAAGAGCUUUGCUUGAACCUCUUUUUCAGGAGCCAGGAUUCUCUGACUGUAGGCUGGACGCCAGGCAGCUCCUGUCGCUGCAGAUGGCUCUCGGCUGAGCAGCUCUGGGGUCAGGAGGGACUGCACUGUGGCCCAGCUGAUGUGCCUCCUUGGCUGCGUAUGUAAUUAAGAACUCAGGAUUGCUUGUUUUCAGUUCCUUCUAGCACAGAGGUGUUACAUCCUUCUGGCUGUCUGGUAUCUGAUGAACAUAGUUUCCUCCUAGUCUGUAGCCUGCUCCUGGCCUCUGGUCAGCGUGGGGGGAACAGAGGGCUGCGCGUGGUAUGACUGCGACGGUGGUUUCCACAGCUGAGGCAGGAGGGGUGGGCUCAGCUGUGGGAGGUUAAAGCAGACUGGGCACCUCUCUGUGAAGGUGGGGAGUACUAUGACAAGAAUUAAUUAUUUUAGCAAAAGGUAGAGAAGAAGCUCAACCUCAGACCUGUUGUACCAAGGUCAGCUUUUUGCCGAGGCACAGCUCUUAUCCUCCUUUUUUACCUUUUACCAUCUCCCACUUAGCAAAAGCAGCAUCAGUGCCUACACUUGUCUGUACUCUGCCAGCCAUGUGGGGCUGGCUGCUGCCUCCAGGCAGUCAUCCCACCCCUGCAAAAGAUUUUCCCAAUAGCCAUGGGGAAUGUCAAAUUGCAUUCUUUUCAGGCAGUGGAGAGCAAAGCAGGAGGAUUUAUAAGGGUACUUUCAAUUUGUUCUGUUUCCUCCUUACAAGGCUAUGUCUGGCCCUGAGUUCCUGGGUGGUUAGUACCACUGGAGAAGCAGUUAAACUCAAGAGUAAGUUCUCCCAGGCUUUUUCCAGGUUCAUCCCUCUCUGAUAACCACUGAGCCAUGAAUAAACAAGGGUCCUUAUAUUUUUCUAUUUGCAGAUAUAACUCUUUGUAGAACCAGCACAAAAAUAUCUAACCACAUGUUUUUAUUUUUAUGGCUUUAUUUAUUCUGUACUACAGCAAGAUAAAAAUGCUGUAAUCCUUUUUUUAGACGGUACUAAUAAACAUGUGGUAUCUACAGACAAUAACUGUCCAGUUUCUAUUUUCUUCUCAUUUAGAGGGGAGCUGGCUGUUGUUGGGAUUGGAUAGAAUAGGAAGAAACAAACCACCCCCAAGCAUACUUUCGGAAAUAUUUCUUGCCUCUCUCCCACUGCUGGGGCAGUAGUCAGGGCUGGGAAAGGAAGGACCAGCCCCAAACCAAAGCACGGUCUCCAGGGAAGGUACAGGCGUUGGGAGAGCCUCCAGUGCUGUCUCAGCACUCACUGUGGUGGCACCAAAGACCCUCCCCCUCUCAG